AUGGCCGCAAUUCUCAAACUCACCCGCAAAUACCCUCAAUUUCAACAACAAGAAAUCUUUGGUUUGCAGGAUGCAUUUCGCAAACUAGAUGUCGAUGACAAAGGCUACUUAGAUGAAGCCACCGUCAUUAAGGCUACACAGCAAUCCGAAAGACAAUCUUACGAUGUGGUCAGGCAAGCCUUGAAAGAGGUGGAACUCGACAGCUCGAGGCGUGUUGAACUCGAAGACUAUGUCGACCUGAUCGCAAAAGUUCGAGACUCCUCACCCCUUCAGCAGCGAGCUGCUUCGGGUCCGCAAAGAUCCGCCGCAGGCAAUGGCCUUCCAUCCUCUCCCAAGCACGGCUCGAAGCCUAGUCUGGGAGGUGGUCCAGCUGGGAAGAUUCAGGUCCAAGGCUCAUCUGCCAACGUUACCCAUACCAUCAAUGAAGAAGAGCGUACUGCUUUCACCACUCAUAUCAAUGCUGUCCUUGCCGGCGACCCCGACAUUGGCCAUUUGCUUCCUUUCCCUACCGAUACCUUCGAAAUGUUCGAUCACUGCAAGGACGGCUUGGUUCUUUCCAAGCUCAUCAAUGACAGUGUUCCCGAUACCAUUGAUGAACGUGUGUUGAACAAGACAGGCAAGAAAAUCAAAUCCCUAAACGCAUUCCACAUGACUGAAAACAACAAUAUCGUCAUCGAAUCCGCCAAAGGUAUUGGUUGCUCAGUUGUCAACAUUGGAAGUGGAGAUAUUAUCGAAGUACGAGAGCAUCUUAUUUUGGGCCUCAUUUGGCAGAUCAUUCGAAGGGGUCUGCUGGGCAAGAUUGAUAUCAAACUCCACCCCGAAUUGUACCGUCUUCUCGAGGACGAUGAAACUCUGGACCAAUUCCUGCGUCUUCCUCCUGAGAAAAUUCUCUUGAGAUGGUUCAACUAUCACCUCAAGAAUGCCGGGUGGCAAAGAAGAGUCACCAACUUCUCUGGAGAUGUCAAAGACAGCGAAAACUAUACCGUUCUUCUCAACCAGCUGAAACCCGAAAUCUGUUCCAGGGCACCACUACAAACCCGAGACCUACUGGAACGUGCAGAACAGGUUCUGCAAAAUGCCGAAAAAAUUGACUGCCGCAAAUUCCUGACUCCCACUGCGCUCGUUGCUGGUAACCCUAAGCUCAACUUAGCUUUCGUUGCCAAUCUCUUCAAUACUCACCCAGGCCUCGACCCACUGGAGGAAGGAGAAAAACCUGAAAUUGAGGACUUUGACGCUGAAGGUGAACGUGAAGCUCGUGUAUUUACACUUUGGCUCAACAGUCUGGACGUUCAACCCACGGUCAACUCUUUCUGGGAUGAUCUACGUGAUGGCAACGUCCUUCUCCAGGCUUAUGACAAAGUCAUCCCUGGGACUGUAAACUGGCGACAUGUGAACAAGCCCCCGGCUCACGGUGGUGAGGUUUCUCGGUUCAAGGCCGUUGAGAACACCAACUAUGCUGUUGAGUUGGGAAAACAAAAUCGGUUCUCCCUUGUGGGCAUUCAGGGUGCAGACAUCACUGAUGGACAACGAACCUUGACUCUCGGUCUUGUCUGGCAGCUAAUGCGACGUGAUAUUAUAAGUACACUGUCUGGUCUUGCCCAACGAAUGGGUAAGCGUGAACUAUCAGAUGCAGAUAUCAUCAAGUGGGCCAACCAGACCGCCCAGAAGGGAGGAAAGAAUUCCACGAUUCGCACUCUCAAGGAUCCAGCCGUCACGAGCGGUGUCUUCCUUCUUGAUGUUUUGAACGGAAUCAAGGCCAACUACGUCGACUAUGACCUCGUCACUCCCGGUAAAACUGACGAAGAUGCUUACGCCAACGCGAAACUGUCAAUCAGUAUCGCCAGAAAACUGGGCUCUACCAUCUACCUUCUCCCAGACGAUAUCGUUCAAGGACGAGCCAGACUUGUCCUCACUUUCGUCGGCGCUCUCAUGCGAACCGCCGAGAAAGCGGGAUUGUAG